AAAAGUAACAUUUUUACUUACAAAAUGUUCAAUGAGAGUGUGUUGUUUGUUUCUUUAUUUUAUCCUAUAUUUCUCCUUAAGCACAGAGUUUGUCUGGCUACGAUGGAUUAGAGGCCGACAUAGAGAACUUUGGGCUUGCUUUCCCAGGCUGUGUUUCAGGAAGGCAGUAUUUUUUACAGCAUGACCAGCGCAUAGCCUUUUUCCUGGGGAAAUCCGAGACAAAAUCAAGAAAGGCUGGUGCAGGGAGGGAGAGAAGAACAGGAAAACUAGCCCUGGGAAUGGAGGGGGGAGAUGGUGAGGGGGAGCAGGUAGGCUGGAGGCCACACAGAACGAGAACACACAGAACAACCAAGAAAGAAGCUGGAGCUUCUGGGAAGGAUCAGAGAAAUAUAAAGGCAUCCUCACUUCUAAUUCUGAUCCCAAACUUCUCCGUUGGAAGUAAUUUGGCCUAAAAUGUGCUCAGUGUCUUCUACCAGCCAUUCAAGCAGCAGAUUCAACUGGAAUGCAGAGCUAAUGCUGGGUUCCUCUGCUGCCCAAGCAGCCUCAGCUGUUAAUCCACAAUUGUAGCUGCUCUGUUAUGCUUGUUCAAGAAAUGACAUCUGACGUCAUUUGUACUUAGCUAUGCCUUCUUUAGCAGCAAUGAAGAAAUAUUUUCUUUUCAUAUCACAUUACGGAUGAAGUUUGAUUAACAUCUUGGUGGAAAAAGGGAAAUAUUUGAAGAAAGUCGCCAACAAAUUAAAACAUAAAUUCACGUGACUUGGAAAUAAAAGUAAAGGUCAAACAAAUUCUUGUUUGCAAGCUUUGCCAAACAUUAAUCAAACAGUUACUUGGGGUGUUAAUGGUAUAGAGCAACUGCUAAAAUUGUGCAUUGAUUAACAGUUAUGUUGACAGGUGACUGAACAAAUGUUGCAUUUAAUUUCUUCAAUUUAUAGCCUGUAUUAGUUAGUUUUAUUUGUGAGAAAUUAACACAACUUCUAUAGUCCAAGAUAAUCAACAGUGAAAGUAUUUAGUGAUGAACAAUGGAAAUGAUAAUUACAAUGCUUUUUCCUUUAGUGCUAGAUUCUUUUUCUUCUCUUCUAUACUUAAAUAUGUCAAAUUGGGGUUUGUUUCUUAUAUUAUCAAUCUGAGAUGGACGGAGGAAUAACUUCAUGUUGCCAAGGAGCCUAAAAAACAUCUCCUGUUUCAGCCAGGUCAUUGCAGCCUUCAAAAAUGUCGAACUAAAAUUCUUAUCCCUGACCAAAAUAAAAAAAAAAGUGGAAAAACAUAUUUAAUUAUUCAAAAUUAUAAAAAAAUAAUUGGCCGAAGCACAAUUCCUUGUUUUAACCUCUGUAUAAUAAUAAUAAAUGAGGAAGCAACUUAUUGUGUAAUUGUUGACCCUUUAUUUACAAGGUAAAGUGUUUGGUGCUGCACAUAAGUGUAGUUAUUGCAGAUUUUAUUUGCAAAUUUGCACUUGUUUGAAAUGAAACUAAUGAAAACAGAAAGCCCCACAUGUGUGUGUUUUAUACCUUCAGGGCUUGACCCUUUACAGCUCAGUCAGAAGUUCUUUGAGCUGUGGCACCAAAAUAAUCUGCAGAUGCUACAUUUGGCAGCUAUCCAAGGAUUUUCAAAGCUGUCUGAGCCUCUGGAGGCCUUACUAACAAUCCUGGAGAGCUGUCCGGGGAAACAGAAGGGCCGGAGCCACACCCUGGGCUAUCACAUUCUCAUGGAAUUCCAGACGUGGAUGAAGGAACAUCCUCAGGUGAGCCUGAGCUCUCUGGCUGAGGACAAAGCAGUGGAGCUCCAGCGGCGGGCUCUUGGUCUGCUGACAGACACCCAGCCCAACUUUGUAGACACCCUAAUGAACAUCUACCAGAUUAAGACUUUGGAUCCUUCCAUACAAUGUAUGCACAUUUACAAGCUCCAAGCUUUGAACUGUUAUAAAGAGGCGGUAACUCUCAGCAUAAAGCUCGGAUUUCAGACUGAACUAAAUAUGGAGAAGAUGCUUAUCCCUCUGAUUUUACAAGACAAGCUGCCUUUGGCAGAGUCCUUUGUCAAAGGACACAGACAGCUUGAAAAGCAGCUUGUUAUGUUACUAGACUCUUGGUGUCACCCGGACUUCAAUGUGGAAGACAUAAGAAAGACGUUUCCUUGCCUCUCUCUGUCCAAACACUACAUGACACAGAUUCAACCCAAAAUGCUCACCAGACAUGUUGUACGGCUCAUGGAAAAAUUCAAAAUUGACCAAAGCUUCUGUCCAAAUGCUCUUCACAAGAGGAGAUUGGACUCUCUGCGUUACCUUGUGUAUAAGACAUUUGGAGACAAAACCAUGACAGAGGAGAAUUGGACAGACCACGUGCAAUAUGUGGUGGCAGAUGACCUUGAGCUUCAAGUCCAUUUGGUGGAGCUGUUGGUGAAGUACAGCAGUCUUCAGAAAGCUUCACAGUGGUCACUGAUAUACAAUCUCCCUAAAAAUCGACUUCCUCAGGGGGUGUGGGAAAUGCAGCAGAGUCUGCCACCUGAUCUACAACAGAUAUGUUUGAACGAUCUCGCACAAGAGGAGGAGUGGAUCCCACCUCAGUCUCACUGCCAGAAGUUCUACCAGGCACCUCUCACCAAAGACAAAGUCCACUUUGUAGAUACGCUGGAAACUCUCCAAAGAUGUCAAAGCAUUGUCCUCAAGGAGAGUGGUGUAGUAGGAGUUGACAUGGAGUGGCAGCCUACAUUCGGCUGUAUCGCUACUCAGAAAGUCGCUCUGAUACAACUCGCUGUUCUUGACCAAGUUUUCUUACUAGACCUUUGCGCAAAAGGAUUCUGUCACCAGCCUGGUCUAGUUGGUUUCACCAGGGCCUUGUUUUCUGAACAAAAUAUUCUGAAACUGGGUUAUGGUAUGACCGGGGAUCUCAAGUGUCUCUCUGCCACCUGGCCUGAGUUAUCAGAGGAGCCACUGAAGAUGGAGGGAAUGCUCGAUCUUCUUAAAGUACACCAAGAGAUUCAGCGUGGAAAGGUGAAUCGGGUUCAAAAUGCCCCUAGAGAGGUCCUGGUUGGUGAGGACAGUUCAGAGAAAGGCCUUAGUUUGCUGGUGCAGCAGGUCCUGGGAAAGCCUCUGGACAAGACGGAGCAGAUGUCUAACUGGGAGAAGCGUCCACUGCGCAUCAGCCAAAUUAGAUAUGCAGCGGCAGAUGCCUACUGCUUGCUGGAUGUGUACUCGGCUCUCUCCAGCAACCCAGCGAGCUUUGGGCUGCCUGCUGACCUGCGCAGUAUCACUUCAGGCCAAUCAGAGAAGAGCAAAGACAAGGAGAAAAAGGGCAAGAAGGCAGCACAGGAUCCUAGUAAAGAGGAAUGUCAGGGGGCUCAGAGGGUCAGUCCCCCUCAUUCUGACACACUGAAAGACCUCCUGUGUGGCAAGCAGCCCUCAGAAGACACUCCACCCCUAACCCCCCGGCAGUUGCGGGUGGUGUGUGACAACAUGCUGCAAGGACUGGGAAGAUAUCUGCGGUGUUUGGGAGUUGACGUGGUCAUGCUGGAGAACACUGAUGAUCACAGAGUGGCAGCAAAGUUGGCACAGGAUGAAGGCCGUGUCAUCCUCACAUGUGGCCAGCCGUUCCAAACUUUACGUUCCCAGGUGGGUGAAGGUCGCUGCUUGUCCUUAGACUGUUCAGAGAAGGCCAGAGACCAGGCUAUUCGAGUCCUAAGACACUUCAAUGUCCAGCCUACUCCCAGUGACAUAUUCAGCCGCUGUCAGGCUUGUAACAGCGAUGAAUAUGUGUCCAUUCCCAAAGCUGACAUGGAAACAAUGCUCAAAGAGAAAGGAUUUCUGCAAGAUCACAACACCAGCGACUACAUGCUUGAGAAAUCCUGUCAACAGGAAGAGCUGAGGCCCGAUGACACCCUGACCCUCAGCGUGACCCCUGAGCCCCCCAGGUACGCCGCUCAGUGUCGCUGGGCCUCCCUUUCAGGACUGGACCGCGACACCAUGACCUUUCCCGGGGGGUCGCCCAUUCAGCUCCACACUGUGCCUCCCGCCUUGCUGCAGAGGAUACCCCUGUUCUAUGUCUGCACCAGAUGUGGCAAGGUGUUCUGGGAAGGCUCUCACUUUGGCCGUGUCCUCUCUUUGUUCCAGGAAGUCUUACACUUAAGAGAAAAGGAUCACAUCUCAGUUGCCGGGCCAUUCAAUUGAUGGAGAGCUGCUCAUAUUUAUAUUUUAUAUUGGUAUACUAUUUGUAUUAUUUGUGGAUAAUUCAGUUCUCUGCUCAGGUCCAUGUAUUUAUCUUUCAUGCAGUUUGUGUCUGAUGAAGGACUGCCAGCAGUUCCAAGCCCAUGAGUUUUAGCUGAUAGUUUUAAGUUACGUUGUUGAUUUUUGACAAGAAAUUGUGCCAGGAGAUUAAUCCUGGCACGGUUUCUUUUUUUUAAAUUAUUAUUAUUGUUGUUAUUAUUUUAGUGCAACAAAGACUGAUUUGUUUACAAUCCUAGCUAUUUUGUCUGGGGUUUUUUUUAUCUGAAUGUUUUUAUUUUUGAUUGUUUACAGUAGGAUGUGUAGAAUUUUACUUGAAUUUGAAACUUUUUUUCCACUUUAAAAGGUAUAGACUGCAUCCUUGUGUAUUGGGACCUAACGAUUUAAAUUAAAUUAAAAUGUUGAAAAAUCAA